UUAAACUGUUGUGUUGGUUUGUAGUGAGAGGAUUAGCUCGCUAAACAUAGACAGAUAAUAAUUUAGCCUACACGGUCACCACUAGAGAAAAGCAUGAAUGAACUUCCCACUGAUCCUUAGGGAAGAAUCAUUAUAUGAAAUAAGCAUUUUAUGGGAAGCCUUCACGCCUGGGUCUGUUUGAUAAAAAGUCUCCUCUUUUAAUACGAGUGUGAUUUUUACCAAAUUAAUAUUAAUGUUGCAUAUUAUUGUAUGAAUUGAUAAGUGAGCAAGGAUUUGAAGGAGUUGAUAUUAAUUUAUAUAGUAGCCUAGUUCCAUGAUGGACUAAAAGCACUGUGAGCCGUGCCAGGAUGCCAUUUAUAUUUGGACUAAGCCGUUCACUUGGUUGAUUAGUGGUUACCUAAGCGUUCCAGGUAGAGAGCACAAUCGCUUCCAAGUGGGCACAAACGAACAGCAAGCAACCUCGGACAGGACGAUGUAUAACUGAAAGUCCAUUUCAACAUUGUAGUUUGUCGUGCGAAACAUGGAAGAGACAUUGGAGAUGAGAAAUGAUAAAAUCGGUAAGCGGAGCGGAAGUUGGUCGAUUGAUCAAUUUGUUAGCUAGGGAAUUUAGUUUGGGUUGCUGAUUUGUUUUUCCUGAUUGGUUCUUGGCGUUUCGGCGAACCUGUUUCAUAUUUAAUGUGUCUAAACUUUCGUCGUAGAAAUGCGCUCCGUAUUGUUAGUGGAGUCUGUGGGGUGUUUAUGUAGGUUACCUGUCCAGUGAACACAGCUCUUGCCAAACAAACAUGCGGGACAUGAGCGUGUUCGAGCGGUCCACCGUGACCGUGUUCGGCGCGGAGAUGAAGAUGUUUGAUCGGACUCACACGGAAAAAGAGCUCGUUUCUCAGUCUAUGGAACUUUGUAGAGACUUUAUCCACUCCAGAAUCAUAAGGGAAGGAUUCAGCUGGUCAAAAAUUGAGCCAGAUCUGCCGGAGCCACACGGUGCUCUUAUAGAUGUAUCUGUGGUGCUUCUAAAACUGGGUGAUGAACUGGAGUGUAUGCGGCCAUAUGUGUAUUGUAAUAUCGCAAAGCAGCUGAACAUCUGUGUAGCAGUCGAAGCUGUGGUUUCAGAUGCAUUUCUCUCUGUAGCAACAGAGAUCAUAUCCAAGGGGAUCACAUGGGGCAAAGUGGUGGCCAUCUACGCUGUAGCUGCUGGGCUGGCAGUGGACUGUGUGCGACAGGGCCAUCCAGUCAUGGUGCACACUAUUGUGGACAGUCUGGGUGAAUUUGUACGCAGGAGCCUGGUCCCGUGGCUCAGAAAGAGGGGAGGAUGGGGGGACAUUUCAAAAUGCGUGGUGAACAUAGACUCUAAAGCUCAAGCCCAUUGGUUAUCAACAGCUGUGUUAACAUGGAAGGAAUUCGUAAAGACCAUGUACAUCUACCUGACGAAGUAGCCUUCUGCAGGAAGUCAUCCUGUUAACUGAGAACUGAAUCUUUCCAUCCCAGAACUAUUUGAAUGAACCAUUGUACUGUUUGUGAAGCCCUGAGGAGCAAACGGACCAUCACAAAGGUUAUAGCACGUCACCCAGGUUUAACUGCACCUUAAUUAUCUUUUACUUUUUAUUAUUUCUUUAAAGUACUUUUCCUUAAAAUCCUAGAGUGAAAGAAAUACUAUGAGCUAAUAUUGUGUAGAGGGGAUGUUACUGCUAUAUUCAUUGGUGGAUCUACAUAAUGUCUGUCUUCCUUAGUUUAAAAUGACCCUGAAAUAAGGUCUGCUGGUAAAGGAGCUCCUUUUGAGCUGAAGAUGCAUUGCAUGGAUUCAUUCUACUGAGAUUUUUAUACUCAAUAACUGUGGCAUAAGUGAAACUUUUUUAAAUGUUUGACAGUGUUCAGAUUUUUUUUUAUUUUGACAAAACUACUUAAGAUGUUUGGAGUGACACUUUGCACUUUCGGUUUAUACAGUUUGUGUGGUGUGUGUGUAACACUGUUGUCACCAGCUGUAUACAUAUUUAAAUAAAGAUUGUAAUGUGGGCACUAGAGAAACUCGAAGUUUUUACACAGAGUUGGUUUCAGCAGUCAUGGAAAACCUGGAAAAUAAUUUUGUGCCCAGGAACUAAUAAAGUCACAAAAUACCAUUUUACAUUCACUUGAUUGGUAAAAUUGGAUUUGGUUAAUUUGUUUUUGAAAGAAUAAUGCUCACAAAGGCUGCAUCAAAAAUAAAGUAAAACAAUUAAAUUAUUAUUCAAAUAUAAAAAAACUUGUCUAUUUUAUUAAAAUUUAAUAUGUCAUUUAUUCCUGAGAUGGAAAAGCUGCAUCAUUAAAUUUUCAGCAUCAUUACUCCAGUCUCCAA